UUCACACUGCUCGGGCUCUUCGGGGUGCACCGUGACUGUGGUUAGCCUAUCCCCCGGACACACAAACCCAGGAACCCGGCAGGGCAUCCACUAACUCGGCCAUGGAACCGGAGAUCCAGACAUCCUUCUACGGUCGAUUCAGACACUUCUUGGACAUCAUCGACCCUCGAACACUCUUUGUCACUGAGAGACGUCUCAGAGAGGCUGUGCAAUUGCUGGAGGACUACAAGCAUGGCACCCUCCGUCCAGGAGUUACCAAUGAGCAGCUCUGGGGUGCACAGAAAAUCAAACAGGCUAUCCUACACCCGGACACCAACGAGAAGAUCUUCAUGCCUUUCAGAAUGUCAGGUUACAUUCCUUUUGGGACGCCAAUUGUGGUGGGUCUUCUCUUGCCUAACCAGACACUGGCAUCCACUGUCUUCUGGCAGUGGCUGAACCAGAGCCAUAAUGCCUGCGUCAACUAUGCAAACCGCAAUGCUACCAAGCCUUCACCCGCAUCCAAGUUCAUCCAGGGCUACCUAGGAGCCGUAAUCAGUGCUGUCUCCAUCGCUGUGGGCCUUAAUGUGCUGGUUCAGAAAGCCAACAAGUUCACCCCAGCCACUCGCCUUCUUGUGCAGAGAUUUGUGCCCUUCCCUGCAGUAGCCAGUGCCAAUAUCUGCAACGUGGUCCUGAUGCGAUAUGGGGAGCUAGAAGAAGGGAUUGAUGUCCUGGAUGCUGACGGCAACCUCGUGGGCUCCUCAAAGAUCGCAGCCAGACAUGCCCUGCUGGAGACAGCCCUGACUCGAGUGGUCCUGCCUAUGCCCAUCCUGGUGCUUCCCCCGAUCGUCAUGUCCAUGCUGGAGAAGACAGCGCUCUUGCAGGCACGCCCACGGCUACUCCUGCCUGUGCAGAGCCUCGUAUGCCUGGCAGCCUUCGGCCUGGCCCUGCCACUGGCCAUCAGCCUUUUCCCGCAGAUGUCAGAGAUUGAAACCUCCCAGUUGGAGCCUGAGAUAGCCCGGGCUACAAGCAGCCGGACAGUGGUGUACAAUAAGGGGCUGUGAGUGCAGAUGAGCCGGCCUGGAAACACAGCACUACCCAGGCCGGAUGCUUGGGGUGGGGAAAGAGUCUCAUGAGCUGUGUCUGCAGGGAGGGGCUGCCUGGGAAGCAGUCAACCUCCAGCAGUAGGGAGACUAACCAUUCACAUUUUAACAUAGGGGAGAGGAAUUCUCACACAUUUCCUACACAAAAAGAAUCAAGUGCAAAUCUGGGCCUUACAUGGGGUCGUCUAAACUCCACUCAGCACAAUUCUGUGUGAUCUGAAGAACUGUAGAGUGCUCCUGGGGUAGAAUUAGGAUCCUUUUAUAUGUUGCUUUUGUUUGUUUGUUUGUUUGUUUUAAUUUUUUAUUAGAAGCAAGUCUGAGCCUUGGUUGCAGUUGACCAGAAGCAGCAGGUGGACAGGUAGAGGAAGCCAGAGGAGCCUGGGAACUGGGUUGGAUUAUGGAAGGAAAAUAUAAUGGCUAGGCCCAAUGGGCCCUGAGUUAGAGAAGGGAGGGAAGAGGAGGUGUCUGCACCCCAUAGGAUGAACUGGCCAUAAUCAGGUUCUCAGGAAUUGGCUCUCAUGCUCAAGGCACACUAGAGACCUCUGGAAGAUUCCAGGAGCUGCGGGCUCUGAAUGUAGCCAGCUCCUGUCCACACCACAGUGGAGUGAAAAUCAGUGACCCAGGCAUGGGCCAUCUUUCAUGGAACUCUUAUGGAUUCCAGGCCCCUGAGAGUAUCCUGGCUCUAAUCAGGGAGCCCCACAAAGGAACAUUGUUUUAUAUGAACAAGAAGAGGAGCUUGGCUAGGCUCUCUGGGGGAAGAUUCUUUUCUAAGAGUAGCUGGAGUUUUAUACUGGGGCAAAGGUGGGCUGAGCCCACAGCUGUCCAGUCUGUAGCCACCGACACUGUACAUCCCGCACCUUCCUGCAUAGGGGAGUCUCCUGCUUGAGGGUGCAAGGCCAGAUCCCUGGCAACUGCCUGAGAGGUAGCAUCAUCCUCCCUCUGGUACUGUCAGGCCGUGUGGCAAUGGACAAGCCACCUGCAUCUCUGAGCCUCCAGCCCCUGCCUGGAAGCAAAUGACUGAAUGGGGUCCCCACGAGGCCUUUGACUCAUCUCUGACUCAGAUGCUGUGCAUUCCAAGCAUAUCUCUAAGGUGGAUUCUGGUCCGGAAAAGGUAUCAGGCUCCCCUGCAAAUGGCCAGAACUUGGCCUCAAAAAAGGACCUUGCCUUCUGUAUAUGACCCCACAUCCUGGAAGACCUUGACUUGUGCCAAACACUUCAUGGCUGUGGAGGAGGCAGUAUGGAUGCCUAAGACAGGCACGGGGGUCACUCCAUGUGCCGUCUCUCACUGCUGCAGACUCAGAGGCCUCUUUGCUGUUGGCUCUUGACUCCAUCUCAUUUGUAGGCCAUAGAGGAAGAGAAAGGUCCUCCUAGGGAGGCAGGGUCUGGGUGGGGAUGAGUAGGGUGACUCCUGAUCCAUAAGAUCCCCAGAAAGGAGAUACGCUCACACAGCUCUCAUCUGACCCCACUAGAAUGGGAGCACUGGCUUGUGACCCUGGAACGUCCCCCUGGUGACUCAGGAGGUAUCAGGCUGAAGGUAGACAUGUAUGGUUGCAGUAAAAGGCUGGCACAGGACAGCAGCCACAAGGCCACAGGUUGCCUGGCAGAAUUUUAAGGUGGGUGUGGCGGCAGUGAGGUACCUCUGCCAUGGGCAUUGGCACCAUGGUCUCCAGGCCUUGACCGGGGACUAGAUCUGUCUGGAGCCUCUUUUGAAAACUUCAUUCCCAGCUCUCCCUGCCCUCACUUGUCAUGGAGCCUCGUCCUUAUGUAUUUUAUCUUGGGACCAAAACCGCCCUCACCCAGCUCUGCCUACAGACCAGGGCCUCUUCCGGCUCUCACUCUGUACUGGCUGUCACUGUGCUGCCUCAGCAUCCCUCAUCAGUUUGCUUUGUGUGGGGGUGGUUUCUUCCACAUUCCUAAGUACAAGUCCAGGUGAGCUGAGAGGGCCGUUCCUUUGGAGAUGAAGUGGCAAAGGGUCUUUCAGGGUGAGAAUCCUGAGCCAUGCUGCUAAACCCUGUUCUGACUUCAUAAAAUCCACGAGGGAAGCUUUCUGUGAAUCCAAACGCAAAUGCCCCUAUUUGCUGAGGCUAAAGGAAACCGGCCUGGGGGGAACGGGCACUGAUGCGCUCUCAUUGGAUCUACUUUUGCCAGCAGUUGGGGUAUAUCUACAUCAGGCUCUCUAGUCCUGACAUUCCUGGCCACCUCUCCUCUGGUUACUUUAAACAUUCCCUGAGGCUCCAAGGAUGCUCUUCCAUCUCUGGAAAGUAAUUUGAGAGUGUAGGAACCAAAAGACCAAGAUGCUAAGCUGGCCACCAAAUCAGGGUGUCUGUACACUGUGCCUCACUUCCUGAUUUUGGAUGUCUUCUGUCUGAAGCCUCUGGC